AAAGAAGUGGCUUGGCAAACAGUGAUCACGACAAACCCCGUUCGCACAGAGUUGCCAUCGACACACGGACGCACAGACACAGGAAGCAAGAAUGGAGCCCUGCGAGUGGAAAGUUGCGGCGCUGUGUUCCGUCGUUCUUCUAGUCACACUCGUAACAGAAGGCAUAGUGUGUCAGGAGGGUCCUGAUGGCACAAGCGAGAUGGACCAGGUGGAACUGAACGACUUGAUACUCGAUGGUCAGCCUGCUUGGGGACACGAAAGAAGCAGGCUCGAGGACGAGAAACGAGCAUUCCACGCCAUGCGGGGAAAGAAGGAAGACGACGCCUUGUGGGGAGGAGACAGUAGCCUGAUGGAGAAGCGGGCUUUCCAUGCCAUGCGGGGCAAGAGGCUCCUGGCGCCCACAAGUGUCGACUCCUUCAUUGCACAACUACGUAGAGCCGUACUGCAGGGAAAGAGGGGCUCCGGGUUCUUCGGAAUGCGCGGAAAACGACAGUCGGAUAACACUCCCUUGUUCUACGCUCCACGCGGAAGACGGUCUGUGGACGAGUCAUCCUCCAACAGGCACCACUUCUAGGAACCCCACCGCCACAGUUGUAGAACCGAACCUGCGAGGACAGUACAGAGGCACCAAGAAGACGACGGCGAUGUACAGUACCCCUACGAUUUACAAAACAAAUUGCUUGCUCACUCAGUGACUGGUCCUCAUGCUGCGUUUACUAUUCCUGUCCUCACUCAGCCAUUCGCUGAAAUGUAGCCACCCUUUCUCACCUGGUUCCAGGCCACUCUAAGAACGGAAGGAAUAAUAUCUCGCAGUAUGCUUGUGCAGAAUGUAAGUCGGCAGCAUGCGACAAACUUCACACGGCAGAAACAAAUGAACAAUGAUGAACUUUCAACGAAGCUAAACUGUUACACACUACACAAGAACAAUCUGUCUAAAACACACUUAAAAUGCGAACAAUAACAGACUAGAAUCAAAAGAUAUGCGGAUCCUGCAAAAACAAUGCGCGGAGGCUGAAAUUAUUCCCGCUUUUCUUCGAGUGAUGGAACAGGGAAACAACCCAUCAGAGGCAUGCAGUACAAAAAAGGUUAAAGGGCCGUUGAUGUAGCUGAAACUUUCUUGCAUUGCCUCAGUUGUGCGUAGUAAUAGGCCGCGGUGCAACCCCGUUUCAAUUGAUGUAUCUUGCAUCACCAUUUCUUUCGCAUGCCGUAGCAGUUCAGAGGGUAACAACCCCCUGAACCUAUAGGGUUGCCAUCUUCUUUUAGGUGUCGUACGCGACAUUGCAAUCAAAUAAAAUCAUUUCAAGCAUUCUCGAGCGUGCGAUUAUGUGGAAGACUGAAAGGCGGCCAUGACGAGAACUCUUUUAUCGCCUGACGCCGCACUCUUUCUGGAAAGGUAGAGAAAAAAAAAAAAAACUUCAUUUGUCGUAUAUCAUGUACAGAGAAUCUAUUGUUGGCCGUGUCACAUGGUUAACCAUAUAGAUAUUUCAAAAUAUAAGCACAUUUGUUGAUUUUGUCAGUCAAAGGCUUUCAAUAAAUGACAUCUUCUAUUUUGA